GCAGGCGGGGCUCCAUUCAGGUGGACGGCGAGGAGCUGGUGAGUGGGGAGUCGCCAGGCAGCAACGUCAUGGUGAACACCCAAGGCAGCGUGUACAUAGGAGGCGCUCCUGCCAUCCAAGCCCUGACCGCCGGCAAGUUCCGCUCAGGAAUCACAGGGUGCAUUAAAAACCUGGUGCUGAGCAGCGAGCGGCCAGGCCAGCCGCCGCGGCAGCCCAUUGACUUGCAGCAUCACUCGGAGGCGGGAGUUAACAUGCAAGAGUGCCCCUCAUAGGCUGGCCGCCGCCUGCCCCGCGUCCGCAGGCCAAUCGUGGGACGUCGGCUGUUUUAUUAUUACGAUGAUUCAUUUUUUUAAAGAAACCCAGAGGAAAAUGGUGCUUCGCUGCUACCCCAAACCAGUGGGGGAUGGGUUUGUUUGUGUGAUUGGUGCGUGGCAGCAGGGGGGCAGCCAGGCCUCCUGCCAGCCCCAUGGGAACGCGGACCCUUCGGAACUGAGACGGUGGAGUCGACCCAACCGCACUGGGCCCGGGGCCAUAGAGAGCCGGGAGCCCAACCCAGUGCCGGCCCUCGCCACGUCCUGCCCCACAAGGGCCCCACAGGAUGGGGAGCUCACCCCUCUGCCUUCCGGCUUCAGUGCUCAGAGCAUGUGCCCCCGAGCUGGGCGGGAAGGAGGGUGCCAGCUGGCUCUGCUGUGCCCCAUGCCCGCUAAGGGACGGGGGGUCCGGGGAGAGGGGCAGACGGGGCAUCUUUUCUCCUCUAGGGAGGGACAGGAUCCACAUUCAUCCUCUAAAGUUAGGAGUGUGGGAUCAAAGUCACAGCCUGCCUUGCAGUGGCACGCCUCAGCCCGCUCAGGGGGAAUCGACAGGAGAGCCUGGCCCCUAUCUCCGGGAGCAGUGAGGGGGCAGGCAGGGGGCUCCCAGCCUGGUCACCCCUCCCACUCCAUUUCAUGGGCCAGCACUACAGGAGCCAGCAGGCCGGGGCAGGGGUUCCCGCCAGGAUCUGUCUGUUUACACUGUAGCCAUCCCCAUUGCCUCAGCCACGCUCCAGCCCCCACACCACGGCUGCCCCAAGCCACUAGCUGGGCUGUCUCCCUAGAUUAUCACCUGGAGGGUCGUGCCCACGGAGCAGGAGGGCAGGGCCAGGCCCCGGGAGCGACAUCCCGCAUGCACAGCUGGGGCCCAUGCAUAAGGGCAGCCCCAUGGCUCGCUCCAGGUGCUGGUGGCAGGAGCAUCCCAUGGCCAGAGGCUGCUACGUGUUCCUGUGGGCAGCCAGCAGACCCCCCCCAAAGAUCAUUCCUCCCCAGUCAGACGGGCAGACAGACACAAGUGCCUUACUAGCAGCAGGACCCUCGGGUCCGGGCUGCCCCUAUUCAUCCAACAACCAUUGGGCAGACCCUUAAAAGCUGCCCACCCAUUCUCUGCCCUGCCCUGCCUGGCGGGGGCUGUUCCCUGCUCUGGAGCCAUCUGCUCACAGGACAAUCUUCGCUCACUGCUCUUGCCGGCUCUGCCAGGUCCAGAUCUAAGCACUUGCCCAGUGCCGGGCCCUGUGAAUCGCACCACCAACUGCACUGGGUGGAGCCUGCCCAGCAUCACGGCUCCUUUUUCACCACCACCGUCACGUGGUGGGACAGAGACGACUCGGCCUAGGCAGUGGCAGGCUGGGCAGAACAGCCCACUGCAAACAGCCCUUCGCCCCAGCCCACACCGGCUCCCUGAGCAGAACCGAGAGCUCCAAGGGCACCUGCUCUAAUGGAGCCCAGCAAAUGUCAUCUCUCUGCCUGGGUGACGUCCCGCCGUGGGGCGAGGCGCCAGCACAUGCCACAGCUCCCGCUGCCUUGCAUUGCCCUUCUGCCCAGGGGGGCUGCCACCCCAGAGAACAGCAGGGAGCCUCAGAUGGCGCCCUGUUAACGCACCCGACCCCAGACCGCGUCCGACUUGUGCUGUUUCACUGGAUUCCUAUUAAACGACAAAUAACGCCUGA